ACAAGUUUUCUACUGAUGUCAACAGUUUUGUCUUCGCCACCUUCCUAUCCCGACCUUUAUUGUACUGCAGCCGUGUCUUGUCAAGAUGCUUCGUUUCUUCAUGCUGUUCUUUCUUCUCCUCAACGCAUAUUCGUCUGUGAUCAUCAGAAACUCUGGAGACAACGUGACCUUAGAAUGUUUCCAUUCAUCGAGAGACUCAAAGGUGUCUUGGUAUAAGCAGGUCUUGGGCCAGACACCACAACUUAUUUGUUCAAUCUACGGCAUAUCCAAAACUUUCUUCAACGACUUCGAAAAUGAGGAAAGAUUUUCAUGUUAUUCUUCAGAAGGUGUUGAGUAUCUGAGGAUAUCCAACCUGCAGCCGCGGGAUGCCGCCAUGUACUACUGUGGAGGAACCAGCAUCAGCAUCACGCGCUUCCAGAGUGGAAAUGUCUUGCUUGUGCAAGCCUCAAAUUCCAGGCCGACGUCUGUUCUUCAGCAUCAGUCUGUUUCGGUGUCUCCUGGUGACUCUGUGCAGCUCAACUGCACCGUCACUCCUGGAGGCAGAGUGGGAGACUUGAACUUCUAUUGGUUCUGGAAGAACAUGCACGACUCCCGACCUGGAGUAAUAAUAUUCACCAACGCAAACACAAGCCAUCGGUGUGACAGAAAGUCCCAGAGUUGUGUCAGCAAUUUGUGGAGGGGCAACGUUCAGGAUUCUGACGCUGGGAACUACUACUGUGCCGUGGCCUCCGGUGGAGAGAUUGUGUUCGGAGCAGGGACAAAGCUACUUGUGGAAGGAAGUUCUGACCAGAGACUGUGGCUGGUGUCCCUCUCUGCUGCGCUGCUGGUGUCCAUUACCAUCAACAUUCUGACCUGUGCUCUCUGUGGAUUCAGCAGGACGAAACACGCUCGAGGCCACAAGCAGGUUGAACGUGUCUGUGACGUAGCUGAGGAUCAGGAAGAAGACGUGCAGUAUGUGGCCAUCGACCUCAGUAGGAGACACAGCACUAGAGUGUCGAGCAGAGAGGAGAAGACACUCUACUCCAGAGUGAGAAUCCACAGUCAACCUGACAGGGACGCCACCUGCUGAGUUCUGAAAAUGAGGACACUGCGUCAUGAAGCCUCUUCAACAGCCUUUCAAAACAAUGGAAUUUUAUCUUUGUGUAUGUGUUUCUUUGUUUCAUCAAAUUAAAAGCUAUGAUAGAAGUUAUUAUCGUGAAUGCACCACUGGCAUGUACUUGCUGCUUGUAAACAGUAGGUUCCGUGAUGUUGUUGGUUUACUUCAGUUCUGUGGUGUUAUUCCAAUAUUGUUAACCAUAAACCAAACAGCUCAGUGACUGCACAUGUGAUGUUAAUGUGACUAUGUUUGAAAUGAACAAUGAUUUUCCACCCCUUUGGCAGUGCAACACAGGAACAGACAAACCAAAAAAAAAUGGUUUUGCAGACAAAUGGUUUAAUGUUCAUAUUUAAACAAGCUAAUAAGAGUCUCUUUUUCCAAGAUGAUACAUUUCAAGUCGGUAUGACAUCAAAUGUUCCACAAGACGUGAGAGAGCGCAGAAGCAGAGAGGACAGUUCUGUCGAUGACCUACAUUCAGAUGUUAAAUGUAUACGUGGUGGAAAUAUGGCUAUAGAGACCACUGACCUCAUUUUGGGUGACAAAGCUAAUCUCACUGCUGUUUGUGGCUUCUGCAGGAGAACAAGAGGACAACAGAGAAUGCAAUGUGUGUGCGUGUAUUUAAGCAUAUCUAUCCUAGUGAGGCCGAACCUAAGUUAAGACAAAAUAUGAACGGGAGAGAAUGGAGACAUGGAAGUCCCCACAGAUCUCACAUAUGAUAUCUGUGAGUUUGAAAGAUACAUUCUAAUGCUGCAAGAGUACUGUUUUCGACCGGCAUCAAAAGUUGCUUGAUGAGAUACGUAGUAGUGAACUACAAUGCUGAUCGCAGGCUCCCAGUUGAUGACAUGUGGGACAGGCUCGACAGGGUCAUGGUAGGUGUGUAACAAUGUCAGCUAAUGUUUGCUGUCUUCUGCCUUUGAUAGUUUAGUGCCUUUAGCAUCUGCCUUAGUGCUGGAGAGUGGUCGGAUUCUGCUGUGCGGUCAUACAGUACAUGUGACGUUUGAGUUGUGGUCCAAUAAAAAAAAUAAUGAUGUAUUUUCACAAGCAAAUAAAUUAUAAAUGGCACAACAAAGUAGUAAAAACUAACAUCAUUAUUUAUCAUUUAAAUUGAGAGACAGACUAUGUGUGAUCUAGGGUAUAAGUGGACCAGAAAAUAACUUUGAUCUCACUAUGGACUUACAACUGGGAGGGGCGGAGACUUAGGCUCUCUUCAGGUUUAAGUUUGGUGCACAGUCCUGGUUGAGGUUUGGCGUUUGUUUUGGAUGGUUAGGUUUAGGUUCGAGGCUGGGGAAAGCUAAUGGGUGUCCUCACUAAGAUAGAAGUAGAAACCUGGGUGUGUGGGUGUGCAUGAGCGCGUGUGAGCUGAAGUUACUUCCUGUAGUAGACACACCGGCUCCAGGUUGCGUCUUGCUGGAGUUUGACAGAAGCAACAUUAGCCGACAGAGAAAUAUUGAUCACAUCAAUGUAAAACAUGCAAAACUCAAGGAAAACAUGAACAAACCUUUGAAUCUGUGUGGCGUGAAAAACGGUCUUGACACACUGAAGAAACAGAAUUAAUG